AUCAUGGGGACAGUGGCACUCUUCUUCUUAAUGGGACUAGUGGAUAUGAGCAUCGGCCAACGUUACAGUCAGUUCCAGUGGCUGUCCCAACUGCGUGGGCGGCAGCGGCAUGCCAGCUGGCAUGCCGAGGAUGUGGACUGCCCCCUGGAGUGCGACUGCCCUUCAGCCUACCCCACAGCUAUGUACUGUCACAGCCGCAACCUUCAGCAUGUUCCCUACGUCCCCUCACAUAUUAAGUAUGUCUACCUGCAGCGUAACCAGAUCACAGGCAUUCAGGAUGGGGUGUUUGACAACGCUACUAACUUGGUCUGGGUUGUACUGUUUCACAACCGGCUCAGCUCAGACAAGAUUGGCAAGAACGUAUUCAGCAAGCUCAAGAACCUGGACCGGCUCUUCUUAGAUCACAACGAGCUUACACGCGUGCCUCCAAACUUACCAAAGUCUAUCACGGACCUGCGACUUGGUCACAACAAGAUCUCAAAAAUCCUCUCCAAUUCAUUCGAGGGGAUGGCCAACCUCACCACCCUCCAGCUCCACGCAAAUGUCAUUGAGGACAUUGGAGGUGUGUUCAAGGGACUGAAGUCACUGACCAUGCUGGAUAUGAGGAAAAACAGGCUGAGGAAAAUCCCUGACAACCUCCCUGAGAGGCUGCAGCAGCUCUACUUGGAGUUUAAUAACAUAGAAAGUGUGCCGUUGGGCUUCCUCACCAUGUAUCCCAAACUGCAGUUUGUCCGGUUGGCUCAUAACAAGCUGACAGAUAAAGGACUUCCUUCCAAUGUCUUCAAUAUCAGCACGCUGGUUGAGCUUGACCUUUCUUUCAAUAAACUGGAGAAAAUCCCUGUUGUCAAUCGGAACCUGGAGAACCUUUAUUUGCAAGCCAAUAAGAUCAAAGAGUUCUCCCUAAGAAGUUUUUGCAGUGCAGUCGACAUGACAAACUUCUCCAAGCUGAGAAUGCUGCGUUUGGAUGCCAAUGGAAUCAGCGCCAAAGACAUUCCCGCUGAAGCUGCCUACUGUUUGCGGCAUGUUGCCUUUGUUGAUGUGUAGCUCUUCCUGAUUUCUCCUGUGGAUUUGUCCCAACUCAUCUAUAGUUUUGCUCGGGCUGUAGCACCCCAACCUUUUUUCAAAUAAUAUGUGGUUAAACUGUUAUGAAAGCUGCUUUUACUAUUCCAAAUGAUCAGUUUCAGUUAGUCAACAGGAAAUUCCAUAGUUGUACAAUCACAUAUCCAGAUUACAAGCAUGUGCAUCACAGAAAACGACACCCUUUCAACAAAUUGAACUGAUGAGUAGCUGUAGUAUUCUGGCUAAAAUUAUAAUCUAAAGUGUAAAUAAGCUGUAGUUGAUGACAGCAAGUUCAGCUGGUGUCAUGUUUGACAAAGUGUAACCUGUAAAAAUCUGAAAAAAAUCAUCAGUGUGAGACUUAGUUUGGAUCUUUGCCUCCACCAUGUGGCACGAGGUGAUAGAACAGCAAACUAAGCAGUAAUCAUUGUCAUUAAUAAUAUCUGGCAAAAGUCACUUUGACAUCAAUGAUGUACAUGGAAUAAUGAUUUUACUGUUUGAGCUGUUGCAUCGACAGAAUACUUUUACUGUGAAGACUUCAUAAUUUUCCCGUCAACAUUUAAAGUUAUUUGAUCAAGUGUUUGUGAUUUCAACAGACGAAAAACACGCAUUUCCCCUCAAAUGAGCUCAAUUAUACAAAGAUAAUCAUAUACUGAAUUUAAGACUGAUAAAACUAUCAGUUACGUAUACAUAUAUUUGUUUGUUUAAAUCAGCAACUGUUUUGGUAACUUAAACACAUUCACUUUUUAAAAGGGCCAUCAUUUCUCAGCCAAUGUGUAUGAAAGUGUAUAGCACAGACAAAUGUAUUCUUGACAGAUGGAAUCAGUCAGCCAAUGUCAGCAUACAGUUUGUAUCCACUCAGCCAGAAAACUAUGAGUUGAACAUUACUGUGUCAAGUUAGUCUUUUAUGUCUGAGUCCACCACUUUGUAACUAUUCCUACUAUGUUGACAGUGAUUUUUAGCAACAACAUGCUGUUUUCCCCCUAAUCUGGAGGUAAAAGAGGCAGAGUGAGUGGGAGAGGGAAAAAGGGCAGCAGCUCGCUUGACAGUUCUGACUGGUCUUAGGCAGUUCCCUCUUAUUUAUUGUUGAAGACAGCUUGCCUUUUCAUCUUCCACAGCUGCCUUUAAUCCACUGCAGAAAGGCACUAAAUAGAAUUAGAAGAAUACUUUCCUUGUUUUGUAAUGCAGUGUCUUGGUAUGAAAAUGGAUUACUGCCUUCUCAACAGUGGUUGGCACACUGAUAAACAGUAGCCUGUGAAAUUAAGUGUUAUAGAUCAUGUUAUAUUGCAGGCCGCAAGCGACUCUGUGUAGUCUCUGGGACUGGGCUGUUUUUUUCUUUUUCUUUUCUGUUUCCUAUACUGACUCUUCAUAAAACAAAACAGAGGCCAGAGUACAUGAACUGAAACACAUGUGGGAACCUUUUGACAGGAAUAAAGAUGUGGUCCCCUCUGCAAUGGACACAUCAAUGUUUCGCUUUGUUGGGAAUUGUUCUCAGAGUCAGACAUUAUACAUCACUGAGAAAACACGAGUGAAAGUCUUGAUAAUAUUAAGGACACACACACACUCUCCCUUUCUGAGUGUUAUUCAGAUAUGUAGCUACUACCAGGCUGUGAUGAUUAAACAUCAUGCAUGCAUAUGAGUAAACUGUAGUACCACAUUAUUCCCGCCUAAUCUUAUUCUGCAGAUUACAUUUUGAAACUAUUUACACUGUUUUGUAAUAAAACUGAAUGGACAAA